AAAUGCGAUCUUCGAGCGAGCAGCAAGCUUCGCGCAGCAAGUAGACCAAGUCCAUGCCGGCUAAAAUGAGCCAGCACCUCGUACGGAUGCUGGUCCUGCUGGUAUCGCUGCACCAGCUGUCGGUGGUGAGCCAGUCGAAGGCGCACAGCGAGCGGGAAGCUGUGCUGAUCCCUGGUGACAUCGUUCUAGGCGGUCUGUUUCCGGUACACGAGAAGGGCGGCGCCUCGUGCGGGCCGAACGUCUACAAUCGGGGCGUGCAGCGUCUCGAGGCGAUGCUGUUCGCCGUGGACCAGAUCAACAAGGACAAGAUGAUACUUCCGGGCAUCACGCUCGGUGUGCAUAUCCUCGACACCUGCGGCAGGGACACGUACGCGCUCAACCAGAGCCUCCAUUUUGUCCGAGCGUCCCUGUCUAACCUGGACAUCAGCGUGCUGGAGUGCGCGGACAAGUCGGUGCCAAGGGUGAAGAAGACGGCCAGUGCUGGGCCUAUUUUCGGCGUGAUCGGUGGUUCCUACAGCUCGGUGUCUCUACAGGUGGCAAACUUGCUCAGGCUCUUCCACAUUCCCCAGAUCUCGCCAGCUUCCACCGCCAUGGCGCUCAGCGACAAGACCAGGUUCGACUACUUCGCCAGGACGGUGCCUCCGGACACGUUCCAAUCGAUCGCGCUGGUGGACGUGGUGAAGAGCGCCAAUUGGUCCUACGUGUCCACCGUCUACUCCGAGGGUAGCUACGGGGAGUACGGGAUCGAGGUGUUCACCAGGGAGGCUACCGAGCGCAACGUGUGCAUCGCAGCUGCGGUGAAGGUGUCCAGCGCAGCUGACGACCGCGAAUUCGACGACAUCAUCCAGAAACUGAGCAAGAAGUCGAACGCCAGAGCUGUGAUCCUGUUCACCCGCGCCGAGGAUGCGAGAGGGAUCCUGGAAGCUGCCAGACGCUCCAACCUCAGUCAACCGUUUCAGUGGCUAGCCAGCGACGGCUGGGGUCGUCAGAUCAAGCUGGUGGAGGGUCUCGAGGAGGAAGCAGAAGGCGCCAUCACUGUGGAACUUCAAUCGGAGAAUAUUCCAGAAUUCGACGAGUACAUGGCCUCCUUGACCCCGGACUCGAAUCGCAGGAACCCCUGGUUCAGCGAGUACUGGGAAGAAGUGUUCGACUGUGCCCUCAAGAAGAACUUGGGGUACACUGGUAACGCGAAUGCCACUGUGUGCUCGGCGAACCUCAGACUCACCUCGAAGGCUGGCUACGAGCAGGAAUCCAAGGUCCAGUUCGUGGUGGACGCGGUGUACGCCUUUGCACUGGCCCUGCACAAUCUUCAGAAGGACGUCUGCGCCAGGUGAACGUGUCCUUUACAGGUGGAUGAGCGGGGUAUAUACUAUACUCGUUAUUCCCUAACGUGUGGCUUUUCAGACACCGCUGGCAGCGAGGUGAAGUUCGACGAGCACGGAGACGGCCUGGCGCGGUACGAGAUCCUCAACUUCCGGAAAUCGGACCACAACGGGACUAAUGGGUAUCACUAUCAGGUGGUAGGCAAAUGGUUCAACUCCCUGGACAUCCUGACGGAAGAACUGGUCUGGGCCCGUGGCACCAAAGACAUACCGAUCUCCGCGUGCUCGCUACCCUGCGAGCCAGGUAUGAUAAAGAAGCAACAGGGUGACACUUGUUGCUGGGUGUGCGACCAGUGCGAGGAGUACGAGUACGUCUACGACGAGUACACCUGCAAGGAUUGCGGGCCGGGCAAAUGGCCGCACGAGGACAAGAGAGGCUGUUACCAGUUGCCCAUUAACCACAUCAGGUGGGACAGCCCGUUCGCGAUCGUUCCAGCGGUGAUUUCGUGCCUUGGAAUAUUGGCCACCCUCGCGGUCGCGUGUCUGUUGUUCCACCACAGGGACACGCCCGUGGUCAGGGCCUCGGGACGCGAGCUCACGAUCAUUCUGCUGGCCGGAGUGCUCGUUUGCUACCUCAACACGUUCCUAUUGUUGGCAACGCCCACAACCGCCACGUGUAUUCUUCAGAGGUUCGGCGUGGGGGUGAGUUUCAGCGCCGUCUACGGCGCACUCUUGACCAAGACCAACAGGAUCGCCAGGAUCUUCGACCCCGCGACUAGGUCCGCUGUCAGGCCAAAGUACAUCAGUCCUGCGUCUCAAGUGUGCAUCGCGGUAGCGAUCAUCGCGGUCCAGGUGGUUCUGACGCUGGUGUGGUUAAUCAUCGAACGACCGGGCACGAGAUUCUCCUACCCAGAUCGCCAACAGGUGAUCCUCAAGUGCAAUAUCCAGGACAUGAGCUUCCUGUUCUCUCAGUUGUACAACGCGCUGCUGAUCGUGAUCUCGACGGUGUACGCGGUGAAGACGAGAAAGAUCCCGGAGAACUUCAGAGAGAGCAAGUUCAUCGGCUUCACCAUGUACAGUACCUGCAUCAUCUGGCUGGCGUUCGUGCCAAUCUACUUUGGAACCGGGAACGCGCACAAGACUCAGAUCACCACUCUCUGCGUGGCUAUCAGCCUAAGUGCCACUGUCACACUGGUUUGCCUGUACUCGCCGAAGGUCUACAUCAUCCUCUUUCAGCCGGACAAGAACAUCCGCAGGAAGGUCACCAUGGGAGACAAGUCCAAGAAGCAGGGCAGUAGCGCGGGAACCUCUUCUAUCACCAAAUACACGGACUGCGACUUAACCAGCGAGAGUAUACCCCUUCAGAGCGCGCUGACUGCCGCGGUGCAGACGUCCGUAGGCGUGACGGAGAUCUCCCUAGCGUCGAACACAUCGGGCAAAACUAAUAACGAGCAAGUGGCGCAGCUGUAGAGAGCUACUUUCCAGGCCCAUAAUUCAGAUUUUAGGGAGUACGGCGCAUCCUGGCGGCCGGCCAACCGAUAAGACCUCGAGCCAGCUGAAGAAGGACCACGCGCGAGUGAAUAGUGCGAAUCCGUGUUAAUAAAAAGGGGAUAUAGUUCGGACCGCGAGUGCGACGGAAAUGUUGCGCGACCACAAAGACGGAGAGCGGGUGGGGGAAGAAGUGGUGAAAGUCGCAGAGAGGGGAGGAAAGGGCGGGACAAGGUAGUGCGGGCAGAAAAUCGCUGGAGCCGGCUUAACGACGGCACUACCGAUUCUUCCUUGCGUGCUGGUUCCUACGAUAUGCCUCCGAUCGACAGCCGUGAGUAAGCUCAACUUCCUUCCACGUAGAUCAUCGUACGAUCAAUUGUCCGGGAUCCAAGAUCCCCGGAGAUAACGCGGAAGAAACAGCGAAAAAAUACGUGAUAAUAUAUGUACAUACGCUUAGGAUUGCUGUUUAUUACCGUACACGUGGCGCGAGAUGCGUGGAUAACGCGAAACACGAAGAACUGUUUGCAAGCACCAUUACGAAAACCUGCGUUGCCUAUUAUAACCAAUUACAACACUGAUCGUAUCGUCGCUGUCGUCUUCGUUCGCUCAUUAUAUCGAGAUCAAUCGUAUCGCGAUCGCUGUUGUCGUUAUUGUUACUGUUAAAACGGUUAUCUUCGUGAAUAAUAUAUGAACGUACACGGACACACGGAUAUUUAUAUAUAUGCCUACAUAGGUGCAAUACACACGCGAGCUGCUGGCACGAGCCUGAAACAACCGUUUCGGGAAGCAAUCGAACGAUCGGAAGUCAGCGUCACCGGUAGGCUAACAGGGGAAUUAAUAGGAAAAAUUCGACGAUGGCGUUCGAACAAUCACUGACAGGUAAAUAAAUUUUACAAUGUUUGUAUCGUUUAUUGGUUUAACGAGCCGAUUAA